AUGGAUAUAUUAAUUAAUAAUGAUUUUAGGAUUAUAAUUUAUUUAAUAAAAUAAAUAAUUUUUUAAUUAAAUAGCAUAACUAUCAAGAAGAACCAUUUAGUUUUGAGACGAGAACACUUUCUAUUAUCAAAAAAAUAAACUUAUCGGCCUCACAAUCCUCAUUAUGACUAAGGGCUCCUACUGGCAAAAAAAGCCUUCUUUCGCCGUCGUCUAUAUUACCUGUAAUCAAGUUUACCCCUGAAGUUUUAGAAUCUAUAUAUACAGAAUGCCUACAAGAAUCUCCCCAAACUGCAUUUGGCGGAUUGCUAAUAGGCUCUAAAUAUAGUCAAUCUCAUUACUUAACAGUCACGAUUAAUGAGCUACAAUAG